UGAAGUGACAAACAAAAACCUGGUUGUGUUUCUUCACCUAGCUUUCUCCGUUAUUUUCUUUGCUUGUCCCUUUUUCUUUACUUGUUUAGUUUAUCCAACUUUCUCCCGUUUUCACCUUAAACGCUGACACUCAUCUCCUUUCUUCAAAUUCCUUGCCAAAAAUUCCCCUUUUUUUAUCUCCAACCAUUUUUCUUAACUUCCCAUCUUUUACGUUCACCCUCUCAGCUACUAUAUUCCAAGCAAUGGCUCUUCCUUCCACUUCUUUUUGCUUCACUGCUGGUGUUUCUUGUUACUCUCACAACUCAAUUAAGUUCACUCAUUCGACUGUUAAAGCUUCGUCGUCCAGCUCCCUCAUUUCGCUUCCUCGAUUGAAUGUCCGUGUCAAAGCAUUUUCCGGUGAUGGAGUACCUGAAACAAAGGAAUCUCCUCUUGUUGUUUGUUUUGGGGAAAUGCUGAUUGAUUUUGUCCCAACUAUUAGUGGGCUUUCACUGGCUGAGUCACCAGCUUUCAAGAAAGCUCCAGGUGGUGCACCUGCCAAUGUUGCUGUUGGCAUAGCUCGUCUUGGUGGAUCUUCAGCUUUUAUUGGGAAGGUUGGUGAAGAUGAAUUUGGUUACAUGCUUGCUGAUAUAUUAAAGGAGAACAAUGUUAAUAGUGAUGGGAUGCGUUUUGAUCCUGGUGCACGAACAGCUCUAGCAUUUGUUACCCUGAGGAGUGACGGGGAACGUGAGUUCAUGUUUUAUCGUAAUCCUAGUGCAGAUAUGUUGCUUCAAGAAUCUGAACUUGAUUUAGAUUUGAUUAGGAAGGCUAAAAUUUUUCAUUAUGGUUCGAUAAGUCUAAUCACUGAACCAUGCAAGUCAGCUCAUAUUGCUGCAGCAAAAGCUGCAAAGGAUGCUGGAGUGGUUCUAUCUUAUGACCCCAACCUAAGGCUUCCAUUGUGGGCCUCUGCAGACAAAGCAAGGGAAGGAAUUUUUAGCAUUUGGGAGACUGCUGAUAUUAUCAAGAUAAGUGAAGAAGAGAUUGCUUUUCUAACCCAAGGAGAAGAUCCAUAUGAUGAUGCAGUUGUUCAUAAAUUAUUCCAUCAAAAUCUUAAAUUGCUCCUUGUCACUGAGGGUCCUGGUGGUUGCAGGUAUUACACCAAGGAUUUCAGUGGAAGAGUCAAGGGUUUAAAGGUCGAUGCUGUUGACACGACUGGUGCUGGAGAUGCCUUUGUAGCUGGAAUAUUAUCACAGCUUGCUGCUGAUCUCUCAUUGCUUGAGAAAGAAGACCAGUUGAGAUCUGCUCUAAGGUUUGCUAAUGCCUGUGGUGCUCUGACUGUGAUGGAGAGAGGUGCAAUUCCAGCAUUGCCGACUAGAGAAGCUGUGUUGAGUACCAUUCAAACUCCCGCAUCAUAGAAUCUUCUUCCAAAUCUCUGUAAAACUAGCUAACAGCUUGAGCUCUCGCCGGUCGGUUCAGCCUGGCACGUUGCUGUUGUUUUCAUAGGAGCCUAUUUACUUGACCGAAUAAUUUGAAUGUACCCUACGCCUUUCAUAUUGUUUUUAACCUCAUCAUUAUUUUCUAUACAGUCAAAAAAUAAUGAUAAUAAUUGCAACAAUAAUAAAGUAGUAUAUAUUUAUCUUGUGUCUUAAA